AUGAGCGAUGGAGGAAUGGAUGAAAUAUCUCAACUUUUCGCGGAGGAACCCGUUUCACCUCGUCAACCAUCUCUCGGUGUAAUUGUUCAACAAUCAGGCGCCUCAAGACCCGCAGAUCAGACCCAGUUGGCUCCUUACUCACUAUCGCCCAGUCUCGCCGACACCUCUUCGGCAUUCAUCAUCAACUGGUUUGAGCAGGUGUGCCCAGCGUGGUCCGGCUUCGACUCGAACGCGAAUCUGAAUCGAAAGAUCGCCAUAGACCUCUGGAGAACCUCCGCCACGGUGUGCAGCUCUCUCGAGAGCAUGUCCGCCGCGUUCCUGGCAUCCCGACUCCCGAGCAUGAGGCAAUCCGCACUGCGGCUCAUGCAACGAGCGACAGACUUCAUUCAAGCCGAGCUCCAGGUCGUGAAGGCACAAGGCGAAUUCCGCUCCGUUCCAACGGGUCUCGUAUUCUCGCUCUUCUGCUUAGGGACAACGGUCUGCUGGGUCGACUCCCGCUUGUACGGGCUCCCAUUCUUAAGAGAAGUGAGAUCUCUCAUCCGCCGGCUGAAUGCGCAAUCUGCGUCAUUCUCUACCGCGAACCAAGACAUGCUUUCGUUCUUCAAUAAGAGCUUGGCGUACUGCGAGAUGCUUCUCUCCGUGGUACGCGAUGAUGAGCCGCUUGAUCAAGGAGACGCAGACUUGGCGCUUCAGAUCAUCGAGGAGCGCUCACCCCACCCGUGGACCGGUGUCUCUACUCUAACAACACGCCUUUUCGCCGAGUCGAUUCGGCUGUGUCGCAGCGCACGACAUCGACUGAGGCAAGCGAUGGAUCCACAAAAGUACUUCUCAAAUGCUCUUCAAGACUUGAUAGGAGCCCAGCGUCUGGAGGAGCAGCUGUUGGAGCUUGAGUUCCCGUCGGAAACCCCGGAUGUCGACACGGGCGACAGCUCGACGCCGGUGUCCCACCUCGCCAGAGUUGCCGAAGCCUAUCGACUCUCAUCGCUGUUGCACUUGUACCAGACCUUCCCUGACCUGGUCUCCCUACGACUGCCGGCCGAAUCACCAAUGACUGAGAGUGGCUCUGUGCCGUGGGACGAGUGGAUCAUUCCCCUGGCCUUGAGACUCGUCAAGGUCCUCGAACACAUCCCGGCAACUUCGGGUACCCGCGUCAUCCAGCCACUGCUGUACAUCUCGGCGAGUACCGGACUUCGCCACGACGCACCAGCUACGUCUGAUAUGAUGGGUGCUUUCGGGUCCCUGCAGCAAGACCUGAUGGGAGGGACGGGGUCAAACAUGUUCAGCCCUCCGCCGCUGUUUGAUUCGCACAACUUGUCUCAGUACAUUAGCCAGAUGGCAGAGGCUCCGACGCGGGAGGGUUCAAUGUCCAAUAUGACACUUGACGUUGGGAGUGCUCGCCACUUCGUCAUGAGGCGCUUGAGUAUCCUGGAGAGCAGCUUACCUCCGACUCCAGUCGUGGUAGCAAAGGAUCUUGUCCAGUCCAUCUGGAGGGCGUACGAUAACGAUAUCGGAUCGCCCACGGUUCACUGGAUUGACGUGAUGGAAGAUAACGACUUACGUUCAAUGUUUGGGUGA